GCCGCCUAUCGGUUCACUUGUCUUUCCUUUUAUUCAUUCAUCCACUCUUCACGCAUAUCUUUCACCGCCGUCCCAGCCAUCUCCAAGUAUGUCCAGCCGCAAGGGUAAGGCAAGAGCUGAGUCCCCGGAUGAGCGCACACUCCUCCUGCCUGAGCCUUUCCGUCCGCGUUCUCAACCUGUACCUCCUGCCGAACAAUCUCCUCCCCGCCGGGCUCGUGUGCGCUCAGUCCUUCUCACCGUCUCAAUCGUCGCUGCUUCUCUCUUUCUAUCAGCCCUUCUCUUUAUAGCGCUACUCGCGGCCUCAUUCAAGCCUUCACCUUCAGAACUGUCCGAUCUUCCCCAGACCGCCUUCAAAUACACAUCGCCAUCAUCCAUCUCCGUUGUCAAUGUCACCGACGACGGUAUCCUGGUCAACAUAUCACUAUCAUGUGGUAUUGACGUUGAUCGCGCACUGGGUAUUCAGAACUUUUACCAAGAAUCAGAACGGCAAAAGGCAGCUGAAAGAGGCGAUCGUGGCAUGGGUGCAGUUUGGUGGGAAUCGCUGAGAAGGAAGAGUGCGAACUGGCUGAUUGGGUCGCUGCAACGGAAGCAGAUGUCGUUGGAUAUCUCCAAAGGGGUCUAUAUCUUUCCCGAAAACGACUCUUCUCCACCGCUGGGUCAUAUCGACUUGCUGGGACCACUGUCUAUCCCGUUGGUGACCGGCGUUCCCCCCUACAGCCCGGAUCAUCCCGACUUAUCCUGGCUCGAACCCAUAUCCUUCACAGCGUUCGUCAAACCAAUGGCAUCAAGUGGUGAAAUAUGGAACUUUAUUCACCAGGGGUGGCUGCACGGUGGUUUGAACGUGGCCGUGGGGGCUGAAAGCAUCCAAACGGGUUUAGGAGAUGGGGAAGAAAGGUGGUGGGGGCGAUGGGUGGCCAUGAAGGAAAAUGAUGUCAGUCUGCAGAUGGAACUACCUAUUCCGCAGUUACCUGGUCUGCCUCGUCCUGGACAUCCCUUUGACCUGUCUGCCCUUGUGUCCCUCCAAAACUACUCUUUGUCAAACGCGGAUGAUCGAAGUCUGGUUAUCAACGCCAUGGCUACAAUACCCAACUUUAUUCGCCACCUCGACUUCGUGCAAAAUGGCAACUUUACCGUCCCGUUCGGUUUACCAUUUGCGUUAUCGUUACCAUCGUCUGAAGACGAUGUCAGAAUGGCUACAGUCAUUUUACAACCCGUGACUGUUGGACAGGAAAAGAUGAUUGAGCUCAGGAUGUCUGGAACUGUCAUUGCCGAUCUCGAUAGGACUACUGGUGGUAACGAUACUUCGCCCUUGUCGGCAUUUCUCCAAAACUACCUGCACGGUCGUCCUUCACCCAUUAUCGUCCGGGGCCUUUCCCAUUACCCCAACUCUUCAUUCUUCCCGGUAGCACCUCGAUGGCUCCUCUCGACUCUCCCUUCUCUCUCACUCGACCUAUCGUUUCCCGGUCCUUCUCCGCCCCCUCAAAUAAUCCGCUCGGUAACCAUCGAAAGAAUGACCAUUGUGGAGAAGGAAGGAAAAAUGAAAGCUGGCGGUAUCAUUGUGGCUGAAGUUGAGAUGCCCAAGGAUAUGCGGGACGUGGAUGUGGACGUGCGGGCCGUUAGACCGGACGUGUUGAUUUACGACGGUCCUGCACCUGAGGACGAUGUCUACCACAAAGGGGACGGAGAAAAAGAUGAGUAUCCGCCAAAAGCGUUUGGGCAUAUUCACCCGGCGAAAUGGUUGCCUUCAACUACCACCCGCUCCUCUGACCCCUUCACACCACAUCGAUUCAUAGUGCGCGCACCAUUGUCCGACGUUGAUCUUGACAUAUUGCCAGGGAGGGAUAGCAUUCUGUCGGGAUUCGUGACCAAGAUAAUCUUCAAGGGUGGAGCAUUAGCUGGUGUUGAAGGGGUGUCUGAUGUGCAGGUUCAGGUGAAGGGUGUUAAGGGAGAGGUCGAAGUUGGGGAUUUGCCGGUGAGAGGAGAAUUCUGGGUAGGAAAGAAGAAAGCUUUAUGAUGGAAUGUGGAAUUGUUGUAAUGGUGAAUAUACAUAGAUAAACAUUGUUGGAU